AUGGACAUCGUAGCGCUAAAUGAGCGUUUACGCGACGACUUUUCGGUGUUGCUGAAGCUUCUUCCACCGCCGUUUGCUGUAUCUGCUUUCUCGACUAUUGAGUCAUCUGUAGAUUCUACACCUAAAUCCUCACCUUCGGAGCUCUCAAUCGACAAUUAUACGCAGCAUUGCCGCCUCAUGUUGUGGCGUCUUAAUUCCUAUCAAUAUGGAUCUGCAAGCGCAUUUUUGCUAGAUUUGGAGCAAUUGGAGCGCGCUGCCGAUUCAUUGAAAGCGAAAGAGGCAGUUCAACGACUUUUAGAUCGUCUCACUGUCUCAGAGGGUGAAAAUGAAGGCAAAGAGCGCGUUGUGAAAGUAGCUAAUAAAGCUGGAACCUCAGUUAUCUUAAGCUCGUGUGAUGGUGUCCCAGGAAUACAAAAAGUCAUAUCUACUGAGAGAGGUACAGAGAACGAGUCAAUGUGGCGAUGCAAUCUAUCAGUGAGAGAACAGAUCGUGACUAUUGGGACAUUUAACAGCCAAAAAGAGGCGCUAGUGGGAUAUGAAAAGCAAAGAAAAGAGAUGAGCAUGAACACUACAAGCUUUAAUAAACUGAUGCAUCGUGCAGCCAAGAUGGAAUCGGAACAACGCGAAGCGAAUCAUCGGGUGCUCAAAGAGGCUUUGGCUCAAUGCCAUCCAAGAUUAACGACCAUGAAAGCUUCCCCAGCACCUGUCACGAGCAACGUGACGCCGCGAUUUACUGCACGGAGUGUUACAGAACCUCUUGCUGCAGCUGCACAGUCAUCUCCAGUAAAUGUUAAGUCAACAAAGUCUGCUGCGUCACCACCGCGAACUUCGCGAGUACUCAAACGACAAAACCUCGAGAUUAUAAGUGCUAUUAAGACGAAAAAGCAGAAGGUGGAACUGCAAGCUAUGAGCACAUUAUCCACGGGUAGCCGUUCGUUUUUGAGAUUACGGAGAUUGAUACAAACGCGAAUGUGCAAACAUCUUAAAGGCCAGGAUGUUUGCGUUCUCGCAAACCCAAAUAUUCUGCACCAAGCAAAUUGGAUAGCAUCAGGACGUCUCGAAGCUGGCAAGGUCUUUUCACUUGACAAGAAAAAGCAAAUGACAUUUGCUGACUAUGUUUAUAGUGAAUUGGGCUAUGCAGUCUCAGCCUGCGCACACAUGUUCCUUGUCCAAACUAAAGAAAGCAUCGAUGACCACCUCAAGGUGUGUGACGCGUUCUCGGAUAAGGAGCGAGAGCUUGGUCCAACGGUAGAUGUCAAGACGUCAGAUCGACGACGAUAA